AUGAAGCACGAUGCCAUCCUCGCCGUGCUGGCAGGCACCUACACCAUGAUAAACCAAACAAACCCCGACUCGGUCCGGACGUGGGGCGACGCGCCGCACGGGCACAUCACGUACACGACGCACGGCUUCAUGUCGGCCGUCAUGGCGUCGACGAACCCGGAGCACCGGCCGCCGGGCAUCACCAACUCGGCCGAGCAGCAGGCGGAUCCCAGCCUGGUGGCCGACUUUGCGACCAUCGCCAAGCACACCAUGGCGUACGCGGCACCCUACGUCGUCGGCGAGGGGAGCACCACCACCAGCGGCGUGCUGGUCCAUGGCCCCCUUGCGGUCAAUACACUGCCGAGCUUCGAGGGGAGGAUGUGGACGCGGUGGUACACGUUUUAUGAGGGGACGGAUGUGCUGUUUUUGAGGCUGAAUGAGACUAGUGAGGCGGGCGUGUGGUGGAGGAGGAUCAGUUGA